UUGUGUGGAGAUAUAAAAUAUUAUUUGUCUGAUACACAAAAAUUAAACGUCCCCCAUGCGGGGGAGAAGCUCAGAAAUCAUGUAGGGGCAAGGAAGAUUGGGUCUUUGACCUUGUCCUACCCACACAAGGCAGGAAAGUGCAGAGAAAAUGAUGGGAUGAGAGUUGUAAGGGAGUUAUAUAAUGUUUGGUAAACCAGUGGCGAUCUUCGUUAUUAACGUAGACUCUAGAGCAGGCAUGUUCCCGCUUGUAAAAUGGAACUCAUCUUAUUAUUCCUGCUGUUUUCCUCUGUGAAAUUAAUUGAUUCAAUGCCACAGGAAGUGAGAAUCGGAGGCUUCCUCGAUUUGGAAAGCUAUCAAGGCAAGCAAUGUAACGUGGCCAUACAAUUGGCCAUGCAAGAUGCGAAUGACCACCACACCCUUCUUAAUGCUACCCGUCUUCAGUUUUUGAAUGGUCAGAUAGGAAGCAGCGCUCUCAUAAAUGCAGGGAAUGUGAUGAAACUGUUGACAGCAAAUGUGGUGUCUGUGGUGGCACCCAUGACAGCAUAUGUUUCCAACUUUAUAUCCUUGGCAACUGAUUCUUCCCAAGUGCCGCUCCUUACAUUUGCAGGCAAUGAUGCAUCCAUGUCCAUGAAACAUUCUGCAUAUUCUAUUCAGAUGAUUGGCAGUGACGUAGUGCAAAUGAAGGCAGUAGCUUCUCUAAUUCGCAAGUUUUACUGGAGAGAAAUAGUGGUUAUAUUUCAGGACGAUGAAUUGGGUGUGGGGGGCAUUCUGGCUUUGAACAAUGCACUCCAAACCUUUCCUGCCAGUUCCAGGAUAGUUCAAAAGUUUCCAGUGUCUGACCAGUAUUUCAAUAGCUCUUCUUGGAAAGCAAUUCUGAAGAGUAUAGACAAGAACAAAACUAGGAGCCGUGUAUUUCUUGUUCAUACUAGUUAUGGAUUGGCCAAGAAAAUCUUUUUGGAGGCAAAACAUUCGGGCAUCAUGCAGCAGCAGGGCUGUGUAUGGAUUGUAACAGAAUGGGUUGCGAAUUAUUUGGACGUUGUAAAUGACAAGAGUAUGGAUUCAAUGAAAGGAGUCAUUGGGGUUCGCAGACGCAUCCCAAGCUCUCCACGCCUUCAGAGUAUCAACACCAGAUGGAAUGAUAACUUCACAAGAAUGUAUCCACAUGUAACUCACUCGGACAAUAUAGGUAUAAUUGGAGCCUACGCCUAUGAUUCUAUCUGGGUAAUUGCUAGAGCGAUUGAUGCUCUGUUCCGAGUCAACAACCGUACUGAAUUGGAAUUUAAGUCUUCAACGGAUGCCCAUAUAUUUCAGGAAGGAAACGCCAUGUUUAAGAUAGCAGCAGAGAACAGUUUCAAGGGAAUUAGUGGUCAAAUAGCAUUCACAGAAAAUGGGCUUCUUGAGGUUGAUUCAUAUGACAUCAUCAAUAUAAUCAACAGGGAAAUCAGAGUUGUAGGAUCAUGGAGUAAGGAAGGCUUGAAUUUGAUAAGGGAAGGACUGGAGAUCACAUGGCCAAAUGGAUCUUCAAUACCACCCUCUGGUUACAGAAAGUUUCUAGUGGGAGUCCCUCCACAUGUUGUGUUCGCUGAAUUUGUUAACAUAACUGACGAUAACAAGAACUUUUCAGGGUUCUGCAUAGAUGUAUUUCUGCGUGCUUUGGAAAAGCUUCCUUAUCAUUUAGAUUAUGAAUUUCAGCUUUCUGAGGAGUGCGACGAAAAUCCAAACUAUAAUGACCUGGUUGACCAGGUUGCAAAUAAGACAUUUGAUGCGGUUGUAGCUGAUAUAACAAUACUCACAAACCGCACUGCAAAGGUAGAUUUUACACAGCCAUACACUGAUACAGGGCUGGUAAUCAUGGUGCCUAUGAAGAAGACACCAUCUUCUGCGUGGCCCUUUCUACAACCUUUCACAAGAUCCAUGUGGUUGACUGCAGCAGCAUUUAUUCUUCUUACUGCUUUUCUUCUUUGGCUAUUGGAAAGGGAUGAGAAUGAUGCUUUCACAGGAAAGCCUGCCAAGCAAAUGGAAGUCUCUCUCUGGUAA